CCGCUCCAGAAUUCCGUUUCUGUCUUCGCCACCGACAAGUCUACUCAGUACUCCCCCGCACUUUCCCCUAUCCCGCCGGAUAACCUCGCGGCGCCUCUGCAGGGGAUGCCGGAGGUGGUGCUGAACAGGGCGGUGAGGGAGCAGGUACCGGCUGCGGGAGUGAAGAAGGUGGGGCCGGAGGGGAGUUCGACGGCCUCGGUGAUGAGGGGGUCGAGGAAAGAAGAGAAGAUGAAGAUUGGUGAGUUAGGGUUUAGGGUUAGUGAGAUUGUUUUGUGUUUGAUAUCUUUUUCUGUUAUGGCUGCUGAUAAAACUAAAGGAUGGAGUGGUGAUUCCUUCGAUAGAUAUAAAGAGUACAGGUAUUGUUUGGCUGUGAAUGUGAUUGGGUUUGCGUAUGCUGGAUUCCAAGCUUAUGAUUUAACCUAUCACAUAGCCACAGGAAAACAUGUGAUUCGACACCAUCUUCGUCAUCACUUCAACUUUUUCAUGGAUCAGGAGUUGAAGUAGACUAGUGAGUAGGGACUAUUCAGGGCUUUGAGAGUGACCUUUGAUUUCCCCAAUCAAGGUUCUAGCAUGUGGCUGAUUCAAUCUGCCCCUGCUUGUAAUUCACUGCAAGUCCAUGUUUUCUGGUUUCUGCAUUAAUCAUAGAUUUCCAUGACUUCUGGUUGACAGGAGAUCCAUUUUACUUGUACCACAACCAAUUUCAAGCAGAUCUGGCCGCAAAUGACUCGUAGGGAUUCGGGUUGUUUGGGAGACCUGAAUCAAUGAAGUGGAUGUAAUUUACAUCUUUAGGACCAAAUGAAAACACUAUCAUGCACAGAAUUAUUUUUCUUUUUAGUUUUUGUAUACUGAUAACGAAUACAAGUAGGCAUGAUGAUUUCUUUUCC